GGUACCGGGGAAGGAUUGAAGCUUCGGUGCAGUUCGGUGGUCGUUCCCGCGCGAGCCAGGAAGAGCGGGAGGGAAGGGAGUGAGCCAGUGGUCGUGCGAGGAGGCGGACGACGGAGAGAGGGACAAGACACGCCGACGAGCUGCUGAAGGAGAGGCCGAAGAGUCAACGAAGGAAGGAGGAAGAACACGGCAGGAGAAGGUGGUGAGGAAUAAGCUUGGAACAGAAGUAACGAAGGGAAGGAGAAAAGGAAGAAUAAGAACGAGAACAAGUAGGGAAGUGGUAGAGUGAUUGUUGUCAAGGUAAGCGGAAGAACAAGAAGAAGAGGUGAGAAGAGAACACACGGAGGAACAAAGAAGAACAAGAAGAGGAAGGAUAAACAGUCGUCAGAAAGCUGGUGAAAGAAGAACGAAGAGAAGCAAGAAAAAAAAAAAAAAGGGAGGAAGCGGUGGUAAUUAAGUCGGUGGAAAACGGAAGAACAAAGAAAGGAGGGAGAAUAAAGAAAGGUGCAAAACAGUGAACGAGAGAGAGGAAGAAAGCAAAGAAAGAAGAAGGAAGAGAGAAGAAACAAAGGAAGAGUAGGAGAGAGCAGUCUAAGGGGAGAGGAAGAGAGAACAGACAGCAGGAGAGAGGAAGAACGAGAAGGAAGAAGGGAGAGAGGAAGAACAAAGGAAGAGUAGGAGAGAGGAAGAACAAAGGAAGAGUAGGAGAAAGCAGUUUACGGGAGAGGAAGAGAGAACAGGCAACAGGAGAGAGGAAGAACGAGAAGGAAGAAGGGAGAGAGGAAGAACAAAGGAAGAGUAGGAGAGAGCAGUCUACGGGAGAGGAAGAGAGAACAGGCAACACGAGAGAGGAAGAACGAGAAGGAAGAAGGGAGAGAGGAAGAACGGGAGGAAGGAAGGAGGGAGAAAGCGCAGGAAGGAACGAAGAAAGGGAAAUGGCAACAGGCAACGAGAAAGAAGGAGACAGGGUGCCCGAGAGGAGGAGAGUAACCAUAGCAGUUCCCGAAGUGAGGGGCAGGGACGGGAGCAGCAGGGCGGCGCACAUCCUGCCUCUGUGUCUGGGGUGGAAGGCGACGGUGCAGACGAGAUACGCGAAGCACCGAAGUGGCGUUCUCCGCGUCGUCGAGGUGAUCCUAUUGUUGUCUAUGAUCACCUUCCUCAAGAGGGCACCUGAGACGUCGGGUCAUGUCGCCUUCCUGCUCGCUGUGACCUGCCUCGUCCUGGUCACCGUGGUCAUCAUCUACCUGGCUCACCUCCUGCCGCUGCACCACCCCCGGCACUGUCCCCACGGCCUCCCCAGCCUCCGCCACUGCCACCGCCUCCCCAGCAUCUUGGAAACUGUGCAUGAUGGAGUGUCAAGUUUGGUGCUGCUGCCUGCUGCCAUCCUGCUCCUGCUGCUGCCAGCUCCCAGCCCUUCCACCGCUGCAGCCGCUGUCCUGACAAUCGUGGUGGUGCUGCUCCUUGCCGUGCAGUGUGCAGAGGACCUGCUGAGAGCUCUUCAACCCUCCCAAGUCUCACGUGAGGACCAAGGACAGGAGAUGAGGCAGGUGCAGCAGGUGACUCCCCCUCCAGGCUCCCAUGCUCGGCCAAGCCAGAGGUACACACCAAACACAAGCAGAGGGAGAGGCAGUGCCAGACGGUGGUCAAAGAAUAGGAAGAGCCCGUCCUCCCCUCUCCUUCCUCUAUCCCAGAGCUUCAGGACUCACUCUGGUUCCCCUGUCUUGAACAACUCCAGGUCCUCCAGACACAGUUCUUCCUCUAGACCUUCCUCCCUGCCACAUCCCUCAUCCCAUAACCCUCUGCCAUACCCUGGAUCCCGAGUCUCCUACAAAGAACACGCGGCGCCCCGAUCAUCUCGCCGUGGUUCUGUCACCCACUCCGGCAUCUCACCACCACUGUCAACAUAUUCCUUCGUCACUGCUGUGCCCAGUCCUAGCUCCCCAGUCCUGUCCAGUCCUAAGACCUCCCCACACCUGUCUACCUGCAGUGGUGUUCCUCUCUCCAGCCAGUCCUCACACACCUUUGAGCUCCAAUCACCUCAUGCCUCCAAUGUCCCCAGCUCCAUAGUUCUCGCUAGACCCAGGACCUCCUCUCGCAUCCCUCCCCAAGGUGCUGUCCCCUUUGCCAGCCCCUCCUCGCCACCUCCCUUGCCUCAGACAUCUGUGACCCCCUUAUCUCGUGACCCCACCUCCCCACGGAUGAUUUCCCUCACCCAAAUCCAGGAAGAGGCGUUAGAUGAGGAGCACAUUAUUGAGUCUUGGCAUGAUGAUCCUCCCUCUCCUAUUUACUCCCCAUCUCCCUGCCCCUCCCCAACCCACACAUACACACUAGAGUCUUUACUUCCUCCCCCCUCAUCUACUACCCCUUCUCUCACCCCUGACGUAGUGGUAUACACCAAUAUCACCCCUCCGUGUGACCCUACCUUCAAUGUCACUCCUUUCCCAUCAGACCACCUCCCUGUCUCUGCCUCAACUCAUGAACCCACUGCCCACACCACCACUCCCUCCCCUUUAACCAACACACCUUCCCGUGCCAACCUGGACGCCACCCAACCCACCACCACUGCAAUCUAUGCCAUGCCCAUUGACGCCUGUCCUGCACCUGACCACAGUCCUAUAUACGAAAAUGUAUCUCCACUCACUAUCAACACCUCCACAACUCUUCCUGUAAUCACCAAUAACUCUGUCUCAUCUCAUCAUAGCCCUAUUUAUGAUACUGUGGUACCAGAAAUCACUGCCAACACCACUUCUGCCAACCCCUGUAACAGUGCCCGCAAUAGCAGUAGUUCAUCUGACUCCUUCCAUUCACAUGUACCCAUUUCCUACCUCUGAUUGCUACUGUUCGAAGUUACUGAUGAACAACUCCAAAGAACCCUGUGCCCUCUCUCACCCCAACCCUGUUUUUAUACCAUUAGUCAGGCAUGUUGAGCCAUUCAAAAGUCUUAAUGAUUUUAAUUAAAUGAAUAAAAUGUUUCCUUAAGUUAAACAGUUCAUUCAUUUUAUCUUGUGUAUUUUGGAAGUUUUUCAGUUAAAAAAUGUGAUCAAAUCGAAACUGAUGUUUUUGCAUAUAUAAAAUACUUCAUUUGAGGGAUACCGUCUGCAUCUGACAUGAACUUGUGAUCCUAUGAAGUGAAUUUGGGUAAACUGAAUUUAGUUCUACAGACAUAUAGAGAGUUAACGUAAUACACCAGCCAUAGCUGUGUCAAACUUGCUCCCACUUUGCUGCAUCAAGCGCCUCGGGGUGGGUGUGCUGUCACCCUGAUCACACCAACACCAAGUUUUUUCUUGAGGCUUAUUGACCUUAUCAUGUUGAGUUCCCACUCUACUUUGCUGCUGUGUGCUUACCACAAUGAAAGCACUAUUUACUCCAAGGAGAGUACAAUCAGCACAACGGACAUGAUGCGAGAGGCAGUCAGAGGAAGCAACAGCACUGUGGCAAAUGUCAGACCUGUAAACAUGGUGAGCAGGUGAACCAUGCAAAGAUGAGGAACUAAUAGCGUGUUCUCAGUCUUGUUUGCCAGUGUAGUGUUGCGAUUCCUCUGGCUGCCUCAAACAUGUUGUUUAUUGUGCUGCUCCUGCAGUAAAUAGUGCAUAAACCAUGGUGAACAAGCAGCCUGCAAAGAGUGGAAGCCUCUUAAGCACAAGAGGAAGUUGAUGAACCUCAAGAAAGAAAACUGUUGGUGUGAUGUGAUGAGGCUAAGAAAAGUGCUCCAUGCUUAACUGUGUUCCAUUAUUUGUGUGAGUGAGUAUGAAGUGACCAGUCAACCUACACAGGGCAGCUCUUGUAAACUUUAACAUUUAUCAAACAUUUUUUUGAUGCUAUCAAAUAUAUUUUCACUUGCUAAUAAUUGCCAAGUCUAUCCCCACUCAGCCACUACUCUAUUUACAAAGCAGUUUUUGGCAAUAUCUUUGUUAAAUCAGAUUUUAUCAAACUCAAUCAAGAUUUUGGCAAGAAGUGAUCAGCAAAUCAUGGUGGAUGAGUAAAACAAGACUUUGCAGUCAUUUGGUGAGCACAAACACAUGAAAACACCUUUAAGGAAAUGUUUGGUGAAUUCACAGACCAGGAGUAUAGAUGAUGGUAGCUUUACAGGAGUGGUUCUGUGUUGGUCAUUUGUCCUCCAUUCUUAAUGAGUCCUCAAAAUUUACUACCUGGAUUGAAGGACCUGACUAAAUCCUAAUAUUCAUAACCUGUAAAUGAUAUAACAUUGUCCUUAGCCCUAUGAUCACAACUCCGGCAAAGCACAGCGGCUUGAUAGCCGUAUCAAAAUGUUACGACCACCUUUGCAAUGACUGCUCGUACCCAAAUAUGUGUAUCAGCUUAAAUCUGUCAAUUAAUUUUGAGAAAUCAUGUAGCAAAGAAUUUAAGGAUGAUGCACUUACAUACACUGCAGAGAAGUAACCUUGCUGCCUGGUGACACGGCAUCUGAUCCCCUCACCAUUUUUGUCUUGGUUACUCAAAGCCUGUGGCUGUGGGCCAGCUGUGCUAUCUGAAAAAUGAAUAUGUAUUAGUGGGGCAUGCUGGGACAUGCAAGGUUAUAUGAUUCUUUAUGGUUUUGCAACUGCAGAUUAUCUCAUAGAUAUUAGUUAUCUUUGGUCAAGGAGUGAUUUUCUACAUUCCACCCGAAAAGCAGCUCACAGGUUGCCGUUUAACAUAGCUACUGACUGCCUGCAUUUCUAGCAUUAAAAAUGCUAAAAGUGCAAUGACAAGAGUUUAAUAAAAUAUUAACAUUGAUAUAUCAAGCACGUUUUUUUUUGUACUUGUAUGUGGUAUGUAUGGAGCAAGUUAUCUAGCGCUACUAAAAUAUUUAAUUUA